AGUACAGAGUAGCUUUCCCCCAUCUGUACAAUAAUAGGCCCAGGAAAGUAAAGCUCUGUGUCUAUCACGUUCCUAUGGUUAUGUACAUAAAGACUGAGGAUCCUGAUCUUCCUGCGUUCUAUUAUGAUCCACUAAUUCACCCAAUAAGUAACUCAAAUAACACUAAUAAGAAACAGCGCAAAAGUAAUGGUUCUGAUGAUGAUGAGGAUGACUUUGUGUUACCAGAAGGAGUGCAACCGUUGCUGAAAAACUCCUCACUCUACACUGACACUACAGCUGCUGGCAUUUCAUUGUUGUUUGCCCCUCGGCCUUUCAAUAUGAGGUCUGGGAGGACUCGGCGGGCUGAAGAUAUACCCCUUGUUGCAGAGUGGUUUAAGGAGCACUGUCCUCCAGCAUAUCCAGUCAAAGUUCGUGUUAGUUACCAGAAGCUUUUGAAAUGUUAUGUGUUGAAUGAGCUGCACCAUAGACCACCUAAGGCUCAGAGGAAGAAGCACUUGUUCCAAUCUCUUGCAGCUACAAAGUUUUUCCAGAGCACCGAACUGGAUUGGGUUGAAGUUGGUCUGCAAGUCUGCCGGCAGGGUCAUAAUAUGCUGAACCUGUUGAUUCACAGGAAGAGUUUGAACUACCUCCACCUUGAUUAUAACUUCAACCUCAAGCCUGUGAAAACUCUGACAACCAAGGAGCGGAAGAAGUCACGUUUUGGGAACGCUUUUCAUCUCUGCCGUGAGAUCCUCCGGUUGACAAAACUUGUAGUUGAUGCAAAUGUUCAGUUCCGACUUGGUAAUGUUGAUGCCUUUCAAUUGGCUGAUGGCCUACGAUAUAUUUUCUCCCAUGUUGGCCAAUUGACGGGACCAGGGUGUGGAUUUUGGGCUCCAAUGUGGAGGGUAUGGUUGUUUUUCCUUCGUGGAAUAUUUCCUCUUCUAGAACGAUGGUUACGUAACCUGCUUGCACGUCAAUUUGAGGGGCGUCACUCAAAGGGAGUGGCCAAAACUGUCACAAAACAGAGAGUUGAAAGCCAUUUUGAUUUGGAGCUUCGAGCUGCUGUCAUGCAUGAUGUCAUUGAUGCAAUGCCAGGUUAG